CCAUAGCGCCGAGAGGUGUGCAAUAACAGCAACAGUGCUGUUAUUUCAUCCCCCAAAUCUCAAUGAACUGUUUCCUAAGAAAGCACUGAUCUUGCCUGCAGCUUUUGCAGGGCAAAGGCAUUGAUCAGUGUAACCAAAAGUACGUUUCCUUUCCUUAUGAGAUUAUUUUCAUAGACUUUUAUUACUAGCUAUUUGUAAUAUAAAUUCAUACAACAAUGGUGCUAGGGAAGGUUAAGAGCUUCACAGUAAGCUACGACUGUCUGAAUGACAGCAACGUCCCCGUUUUUUCGAGCGGGGAUUCGGUCUCAGGAAGGGUGGUCAUCGAAGUCACCGGAGAAAUACGCGUGAAAUCGCUCAACAUUCACGCCAAAGGAAUUGCUAAAGUUCGUUGGACUGAAUCACGAAAUGCUGGAUCCAAUACUGCCUACACUCAGAAUUACACCGAAGAGGUGGAAUACUUAAACCAUAGUGACAUCUUAAUCGGACACGAAAGAGAUGAGGAUAACUCGGAGGAGAGUCUCACCACUCUCCAUUCAGGAAGACACGAGUAUGCAUUUAGCCUUGAGCUUCCACAAACACCUCUGGCUACCUCCUUUGAAGGCAAGCAUGGCAGUGUCCGGUACUGGGUGAAAGCCGAACUGCACAGACCCUGGCUACUACCCAUGAAAGUGAAAAAGGAAUUCACUGUCUUCGAACACAUCGACAUCAACACUCCUCUGUUACUGUCUCCCCAGGCAGGCACAAAAGACAAGACAUUGUGUUGCUGGUUCUGCACCUCAGGCCCCAUCUCCUUAAGUGCCAAAAUUGAGAGGAAGGGUUACACCCCAGGAGAGUCCAUUCAGAUCUUCGCUGAGAUCGAGAACUGCUCCUCCCGCAUGGUUGUGCCAAAGGCAGCCGUUUACCAAACACAGACCUUCUACGCCAAAGGGAAGAUGAAGGAGGUCAAACAGCUAGUUGCCAACUUGCGGGGGGAGUCGCUGUCCUCCGGCAAAACAGAGACAUGGAGUGGGAAAAUGCUGAAGAUCCCCCCCGUCUCUCCCUCCAUCCUGGACUGCAGCAUCAUCCGAGUGGAGUACUCUCUGAUGGUGUAUGUGGACAUCCCCGGAGCGGUGAACCUGUCCCUCAACCUGCCGUUGGUCAUCGGCACCAUCCCCCUCCACCCCUUCGGGAGCCGCACGUCCUCCGUCAGCAGCCAGUGCAGCAUGACCAUGAACUGGCUCGGCAUGGCCCUGCCGGAGAGACCCGAAGCGCCACCGAGCUAUGCAGAGAUUGUCACGGAAGAGCACAGGCGGAGCGGUCAGGAAAUGGCUGCCGCUCGGGAUGAAUUGGAGGGCCCGCUGUUCGCUUACAUACAGGAGUUCCGUUUCCAGCCGCCUCCGCUCUACUCCGAGAUUGAUCCAAAUCCGGAUCAGGUCAGCGGAACCGAGGAAAGGAGGCCCGACACCUGUCCGUCACGCUGAAGGACAUGCCCAGCACCCGCCCAGUGUUGGCGGUCCUCUCGUCAGUUCUUUUUUUUCCUGCGAUGGCGUCCUCAAGUAGCUGCCAAUGUCGAGAGAAAAAAAAAUAUAUAUAUCCAAGGUGGACACGGUCCUCGCCCAGAGAUGUGCAGGAAGUGUCCGACAGGUCCCUUCCUGUCCACCCUAGGUCAGACGCAUACAGACACGUCAGACUUCUGCCUGUUGAGUGUUUUUUUUAAAUUUUAUAUUAUUCUUUUUUCCUGGUUACCCUGUGACCCUGGCAUAUACAUGACUCUAACCCAGUAGAGCAAUCACAUUUAAAAAUUGCCGAAAAAAGGAAACAAAUGAAAAAAAAGAAACAAACAUCUGUAGCGCUCAGCAGCAGUCGACUACGGAGCUACAAGACUACACGCCUCCUGCCUCAUGUGGAAUUUUGCACAUAUUAUUCUUUGCUUGUGUUGUGUGGUUCCAUUUUAAAAAUCACUAAUUAUUGUUUUUGCCACUCGUAUAUGCUGGACUAAGUGACUGCAGGCUUUAACUCCUAGCUAACUCCUUAUCCGCACAACUAUGAACAAUGCAAAGGAGAAAUGUAAGAAGAAAAACUGAAUAAGACAAAAAAAAAAUGCACUGACUCUGAAGCUGUUUUUUGGGACUUUCCUUGAAAAGAGAAUAGCCUGGACUCUCUACAUGGUUUCAUAAGCUUGGAUCAAAGGAUGGCUUCCCCUUACUUCCUUAUGGUAUCGUUUUCAUUUUUAGUUUUUUUCCAAACAUUGAAUGCCUUCGAGCCUAUAUUUUUGUUUAGUGUCAUUUUUCUCCUCAUUUCCCUGCUGUGAAGCCUCUUUUAGUGGAACAGCAACACGUGUGGAGCACACAACGCUUGCGUGCAUCCUGGCACAGACUGCCCCCCUCCCAAACCCCGCCGCCCCCACCGUCCUGCGGACAGACGUGGGGCGCGGAGGCGGAAAACGGCAGCGCGUCCACCGCCAGCCGCAGAACGUCUGUUGCCUUUCUGCUGACACCACAGAGCAGCGCCAUGUCACGUACAUACUGCCUAAAAGCACUCAAAACUCAGGAGACCUUCUCACUUUGCCAAACAUGCUACGUUUUGUUUUGGUUGCACUGUUUGAAAUGGCGAAAGUAAGAAGGAAAAAAAGCAAACAAACAAACCAACAACAUUUUGGGAGGGGGGGGGGGGGGGGGUUCGAGCACACACAGAGAUGCAAGGUAGCUUUCAAAGACGAACGACAUUCCCUUUUUGUCCUGCUUUUCCUGCAGAAUCCACCAACGUUUCCCUUCCAGCCAAAAAAAAAAACAGAGGCCUUGUGUCCUGGCAGCGACGCAGAACGCAGUGGAACCACGGUCCGAGCGGGUCAGAACAAGUACUUGCAUGUUGAAAUGAGUAAUACAUUGGUUUUCAAACUCAUUUAUUGAUAGAAGAUCUGCAAGACCGUGGUUUCAACUGAGCCUUAAUUAAAGAGCACUUUUAAAAAGAAAAAAAAAAGAAAAACAUUUAAGGUGAAGGACAGGGAAACGUUUGGUCAUCACAUAGGUUUCCCUGAUGAUAUGUUCUCAUUAAUUAAGCAGUGUUGAAAAAUGAAUGCAUUAAUCUGUUAAGAAUAUGAAUAGUAUUAUAAAAAGUUUACACUUAGCUUUAAGCUAUUUUUUGCGCGUUUGUGCGUGCGCAUGUGUGUUGAACCAGCAAGAAAUUCUGAGAACACUUUAUCAACAUAACCAAUGGAUUUCCAAUAAAAAAAUAAGUGAUCUUAUCUUAGUGGCCUUGACAAAGAACGGAACUUAAAUCUGAUUCUUGACGGAGUGCUUAAUGUCUUUGAGAGCUGUGUUUCAUUUUACAUUGUGCUGAAUGUUAAUGAGGUCUGUGUUUUUAAUUUUUUUCCAUUGGGACAAAAAGGGAAAACUAAUACUCCUUAAAAGCAAGUUCUGAAAUGGUUAUUCCUGAAUCGGCGUUUCACUUGGUUUGGUUUUGUAACUGGGAUUGUUGAUAACCUUGGGCAUUUAGUGUUUGUUUUCCCAGUCGGACCCCCUCCCCCCCCACUCCCCCUUUUUGUGUUUCACUUAAACUUUGGGAACAAUGGUAGUUUUUACUUAACAUACAUCUCCACAGAGAGAAAGGCAGUGACAGCUGGAAUUGCAAUUCCAAGAAAAAGUGACCCUUUCCACUUUUCCGUGUUUAUGUUAAUGGAGUCUUGACGCAUGGUUUUUGACGGGCGGUGACAAUUUUUUUUUUUAUGGAAAAGCUCAAAAUAAAUUAUGCUUUUGAAAAAGAAAUCUUAUGUUUCACGCCGGUCGUGUCCAUAGUCCGUACCAUGGGCUUCCGUCAUAGUCAAGUACUUUUAAAUCUCAUUUCCUGAAUUCCACUGUCAGGAACCAAAACUUUUAACGUCAGGGAGAGGGGAUCUGACAUGUUUUAGAAACAAAGUGCAAUAUUACUUGUUUGAUAGAAUUUAUUUUGUCACUUUUUUGUUGGUCCAGUUUCUCACUCUUAUUUUUCACAUUUAAGGCAUUGUUUUUAAUGUCUGUUUUUUAGUUGGUACUGUCUCUAGAUCCUCUUGUUGGAUUAAUACAUGUUAUGAAUGAUUUGGACUUUGUCUGGUUCUUCCUUGUGUAAAAUAAAGACUUUUUUGUUAAAAAUGUAAA